AUGUCUGACGGGACUCAUACCUUGACCAUAACCAACAAACUUGCUGCGACUGACCCGUUCUUCCUUGAUUUUUUAUUUGUUUUGGACGCAGAUCCCGAUUCGACAGUGACUGGCGGGUUACCUACGCUUUCUUCAGCUAUCCCAGGGUCAUCGACGAGCAGUAGUACAACUGCGUCGUCAACUUCUGUGUCAUCCUCCUCCUCUUCUUCUUCUUCUUCGUCCGUAAGCUCGACCAGUACCACCGCAAGCUCUACCACCUCUGAAUUCCAAACAAACACAAUCACUGUGACUUCAACCCCACCCCCACCCUCGGCGUCGACUAUUGCAGACAGUGCUAACAACAACGCAGGAGAUGUCGGCGCUGCUAAAAAGUCGAACGCGGGUGCUAUUGUCGGCGGGGUGAUUGCUGGGAUCGUUGUGUUAGCGUUCCUCGUGUUUGGUCUAUUUUACUGGAACCGAAAACGUCAGCGGCGUCACUCAUUCUUAGAUUACAAGGCUGCAGGAUCACAAAGUUAUUGGAACCGGCCGCUUGAGGCAGCAGCUACUCCCUCAUCGGCACCUCCUCCUCAGACGACCGAGCCUUUCACACCCACCCCUCCCCGCGCACCUAUGAUGACGCGCAACGACACCGCAUCGUCGCUCAGCGUCUCAACUUAUGGACAACCCCAAACUGCCUACACUCAGGGCUACUCUCAAGCUCAGACACCAGGAUAUGGCAGCCAAGGUUACACACCAGCACCGGCAGGGUACAUGCCUCCCACACCCGGACCGGAUUACUACGAAUCGUCGGACCUCGCAUACGCUGUGAACCCUGGCCCACCGUCCGCUGGACCGGGCUACGGAUACGGCCAGGGCAUCGGGCAAGGCGCUGGAUACGGACAGGGAUACACUGACUCGCGAGAGAGCGACAUCUACGCUGCACCGCAGGUCCAACCUGCCCAGGGAUACGGCGGUACGGGUGGGUAUAUCCCACCUUCGCAGCUACUGCAGCAUAACGCGGGGAACAGCAGUGGAUAUUAUUCUGCCCAGAACCAGCCGGGACAACGCGCUAGGACACGGCUCGAUUGA